AUGGCCAAUGGAUUGGAUACCCAGAAGUUGGACUCCGUAUUCAAGUCGCGACCUGACAUUUUAGAAGACAUCCACAAGGCUGCUGAUUCUCCAUUGCGAGUCCAAUUAUUCAACAACAUUGCAAAUUUCAUAUAUGAACAAACAGGUGACCAUUCAGCUGGCUCAUCCCUAAAGCGGCGCCGCGUCGAUAUCGAACCCUCCCACAAUGGGAACCUACCACAUGCCACAGAGAAGACCACAGAGAAGACCACAGUCGAAGACAUAUCAAACGAGAAUAUCCUAUUGGAAAUAAAAGAUAUAUCCGUCUCUAUCCCGCAGCGUAAGAAGUUCGAAUUAUGCUUCACGCCCAAACACCUAUAUGCUCGAAUCCCUGGUGCAACCGUGCCUGUGCCUGGAAUAGCAUAUGCAUGGAAAGAUAUCGAGUAUGCUUUCUACCUUCCUGUGCCUGAGAAGUCUCAGAUUCAGCACAACUACAUCUUAUUCCCACAAAAUGCUUUCUCCCUUUCUAAAUCAGGCACACCGACUGAAGAUCCGUUACUCUUUACCGUCUCAGCUGGUGCACCAAAACCAGGUUCGAUUGGUGGACCUAAUGCCGGUGCAGCUUCUGCUGUCUCCGACUCUUAUACCACCCUCUUCAACUGGGCCCUAAAUAAGUGUCUUCAGGCUGCCGGAAACAAUGUGCAAAUGGUUGCAGCAGAUCCUGCAAAAUUUCACAGUAAAGUUCGACAACCACAUCGGCCGAAGGAAGCAGCGGUUCAUGUCAAGGCAUUCAGGGGCUCAAAGGAUGGUUACCUGUUUUUCCUAGAAACUGGGAUCUUAUGGGGCUUCAAGAAGCCGCUGUUGUUCAUACCACUGGACAAAAUUGCAGCUAUCAGCUACACAAGCGUAUUGCAGCGUACAUUUAAUAUGGUAGUUGAGGUAUUCACAGGCGAAAGUGGUGACGACGAGACAACUGAGGAGAUAGAGUUCUCGAUGUUAGACCAGGAGGAUUAUGGAGGUAUCAACCAAGAUUAUGUCAUGCGGCACAGGCUUCAGGAUCGAAGUAUGGCCGAUCAGCGGAAGGCCAAGAGGGAACUGGCAGAAAAUGCCAAGGGGAAGAAAGAAGCUGAAGGUGAAGGGGAAGAUGCUGAUGGACAGGCUGUGGAAGAUGGCAUGACAGAAUUAGAAAGAGCGCAGAUGGAAGCCGAACAGCAACUACAGGAUGAAGAAGAUGAAGACGAAGAAGAUUAUGACCCAGGGUCUGAGGGUGAGAGCGAAGGCUCAGGAACGAGUUCCGAAGAGGAUGAUGACGACGAAGACGCUGCGGAGGACGAUGAGAUGGAGGAAGAUGGUGAUUUAGGAGAGGAGGAAUAA